GAGAAAGAAAGCAGGAAGUUGCUUCGGUGUUGUUGCUGCAGGGAAAGUCUCAGCACAGAGCCUGCCCCUUUAGCACCGAGUGACCCAGGCAGUGGGGCACCUUUCCUUCAGGUGAGUGGGCUCCCUCGCCCCAAAAGACUACCCAGAACAAGUGGUGGGUAGCUCAGCUUGGUUCCUUUGUGCCACGAUGCCCCUGACUUCUUUGGAUCCAUCUACACAUCCCUUUUACUGCCAUUGGAAUCCUGGGCGCUGUAUCUCUGCAAAGUCUUUCACCUUCUGUACCAAAGAGUGCUGGGACUUCACCAAGUUACAAACCCCAAGACUCCAUAGCAUUUUGCCAUGGCAUUUAGAAAGGUUACCUUCCUGCCAAUGUGGUACUUAUUGAUCUACUUACAUUUGCAUGUUUCGAACUGCUGAGGUUGGCAGAAGCUGGGGCUAAUGAUGGGAGCUCAUCUUGCUCCGUGGACUCGAACUGCUGACCUUUCGGUCUGCAAGUCCCGCAUCUCAGCAGUUUAACCUGCUGUGCCACCGUGGCCCCAACUGAAUCUUAGUCCUAGCUAAAGUUCGCACGUUUAAUGGAACUUGUUAGUCGGAACUAUUAUUUUGUGUGUUUUUAUGUAGAUUUAGCUAGAUUGAACUCUUACAACGUGUGGAUAAAACAGGAAGAUUUCAGUUGGCAGCAAAAAGAAAUUAAGAAUGUUUCCUUCAUUCAUUUAAGGGAAGAGCGUCAGUGGGAAGUGGCUGUUUUCAACUAAUGCUUUUUUUAACUAUUCACUUGUGUCUACUAUAGCUAAAAACCAAGGACAUUUGUGUUAACAAGAGAAUUUCUGAGUAAUAAAUACUUCUGAAACUGGUAGGACUCUUCUUAGACUUGCUUUUCUUCCAAUUCUAAAGAGUAUUUUUAAACAACAAUACAUUAUAUACAUGUUUUUACCACUGGGUAUAUUGUUCCCUUUUCUCUAAACAGCUAUGUUGUUUGUUUGGGUUUCAUUGUGUUGGUUUUUUCUAUUGUUUUCUGUGUAUUUUAAUUGUAUGUGUAUUUGUGUUGCUACAGUAUAAGCCACAGAGUGAUACUUUGUGGAGACAUGAGAUAUAAUUGUUAAGAAUAACUUAGCAAAGGUCUUUUCAGAAACCUCAGCAAGGGACUGUUUGAAGUGUAAACAAUGUUUUUUUUCAUCUUGUUAUGCAAAACACACAAGAGAAAAUUGUUGCUAUAAUUAAUUUGUCUUUAGUUCUUCCAGAGGAGGAAUGUUUUUAAGUUGUAAUUCACACCCAGACCUUUCUUAUGCAUUAAUCCUUGCAGCCAAGCCAUUUUCAUUCUAGCCAUGCAAAGCACUCUGAAUUAUCUCUGGAAAACAGACGAUAUUCUUGGUCAAGGUGCCACUGCCAGUGUGUACAAAGCACGCAACAAGAUAUCAGGGGAAUUGGUUGCUGUCAAGGUCUUCAACAGUGUGAGUUACCUGAGACCUCAGGAAGUGCAGAUAAGAGAGUUUGAGGUGCUGAGGAAGUUAAACCACCAGAACAUUGUCAAACUGUUUUCUGUGGAAGAAAUAGAAAUCAGCAAGCAGAAGGUGUUGGUGAUGGAGUACUGUUCAGGUGGGAGCCUGCUGAGCCUGUUAGAAGAGCCAGAAAAUGCCUUUGGCUUAUCGGAAUCUGAGUUCCUCAUAGUGUUGCACUGUGUAGUAUCUGGAAUGAACCAUCUUCGUGAGAAUGGGGUUGUUCAUAGAGAUAUCAAACCAGGAAACAUCAUGCGGCUAACCAGUGAAGACAGACAGAGUAUAUACAAACUGUCUGAUUUUGGAGCUGCUCGAGAACUGGAGGAUGAUGAAAAAUUUGAAUCAGUUUAUGGGACAGAAGAAUAUCUUCACCCAGAUAUAUAUAAGCGAGCAGUGCUGAAGAAGCCCCAGCAAAAAGCUUAUGGGGUAACUGUAGAUCUGUGGAGUAUUGGGGUUACCUUUUACCAUGCAGCUACAGGCAACCUACCAUUUAUCCCUUUUGGAGGACCUCGUAGGAACAAGGAAAUAAUGUAUAAAAUAACAACCGAGAAACCUACUGGAGCGAUAGCAGGUGUCCAGGAGCAAGAGAAUGGGGCCAUCAUCUGGACCGAUGAGCUGCCAGUCUCAUGCCAGUUGUCUCUAGGACUGAAGAGACCGCUUAUUCCCAUCCUUGCAAACAUUCUAGAGGCUGAUCAAGAGGAAUGCUGGAGCUUUGAUCAAUUUUUUGCUGAAACUAAUGAUAUCUUACAUAGGGCAAUAAUUCACGUCUUUUCGUUGUCACAAGCCAUAAUGCUCCAUGUCUAUAUCCAUCCCUAUAACACAGCCACCAAAUUUUUAGAAGAAGUGUUUAGGCAAACAAAUACAGCUCCUUGUCACCAGGAAUAUUUAUUUGAGGGGCACUCAUAUGAACUGGAGCCCAACCUGCAAGUUUGCUAUUUCCCCAAAACCACAGAAAACUGUCCUUUCAUCCUGAUCACAGAUCCUGAGGAUCCAGUGGGACUCAGAUACAGAGAUCCAGCUUUGGAGUUCCCCAGAUUUCUUCCGAAGGUUGAUGUCAUUGCAGAUUGCAGCACAGCAAAGGGUGUUCUGAGUGCAACUCACCAAACACUGAGGAUAUCUCGGUCAUUUCUAAAGGGUCAAGAGCUCAUUCUUAGAGGCUUGUAUUGGCUGAGUGAAACAUUGAAAACGGAGUGUCUCCAGGUUCUAGAAAAGUGGCAAGCUGUGAUGGGAAUGCUCAGCUUCACACAGCAAAUAGAGAUGAAGAUCCUGCUCCUGUAUGAGGCUGUUACUGGAGACUCUGACAUUCCAGACAUUAAAGGUGUGACUGAACUGAAAACAAGACUUCAAGCUAUCAGUGAAGAGAUCUCCAGAUAUGGCCACAGCAUUUCUGAACAGCAAGCAGCUGUGCAAGGCAUUUUGUCUGAAGUUGGGAAAAAACAGAACCAAAUGAAAGAAGACAGAAGCAUCCAGAAAAUGGAGGCAUGCCUUGACAAAAUGCAGCUCAUCUAUGUCCAGUUCAAGAAGGCCCGGAAAUGCCCACGCCUUGGUUACAAUGAACAGCAAAUCCACAAGCUAGAUAAAUUGAAUUUAGGACAUUCAGCCAAAAAAGUUAUUUCGGUAUUCCAAGAUAAUUGUGAACACCAAUACCAAGCUGCCCUUUCAGGACAUGGGAUUAGAAUGAGGAAGGCAUUUGAAAUACAGAAGAAUUUGAAGAAAUUGAAUCGAUCUUUAACUACCUGCAGCGCAGAGAUGUCAGGAUGCCAGGACUGCUUGGUUAAAGUUUUAGACGAAUUGCACCAGAGAAUGCUCCAAGGCAAAACAACAUCUCCUGUGCCUACUCAAGUUUGCUUAAAUCAGAAACAUAAGGAUGUAGCAUUUGGGAUACAAGAACUUCAGGAUCAGAUGAAAAUAGUUGCUCACAAUCUCCAGCUGAACAACAACAUCAUCCAGCGGUUAAAUGGUGUUGCACCAGGACUAUAGGGGACACAGCAGGGUGCUGAGCCUGAAACAACAUUGUAAUGUUGGAAGUUAAUGUCCUCUAAGACUUACAGCAAAAAUGUCAUAUUUGGUAUUUAAAAUGCCAAUGAAUUCUACCUCUGACUCUAGCACUUUGGUGUGGCCUUAAGAGCCAAUGGUCUGGCUAUUCAGCAUUCCUUGUUCAGUCAAGUAUCUCUGAUGUUCUUAGUGUAUGCUGUGAGAGAAUGAUUAGUAGAUGUGCUGAUUUUUGCAGCUGAGAUGGCAAUUCCGUUUCCUUGGUUCAGACUAAACCCUUUGGAGUAUUUUAAUCAGGUAUAUGUUGGGAAAGACUCAGUUGUGAAUUUUUGCUUGCCAUAUAAUUUUAAAAGUCAACGGAGCACUGCAAAAACAAAAAACUUUGGAAAACGUAUUUCCCUGCAGUGUCUGUUUUUUUUCUUCAGAAGAAUAAAUGCAUAGCUUUCUAGUAAAGAUCAUAAACAUUAGUAUCUCAUUCCCUGAUCAUUGUUUUCUCAACCAUUAAUUUGAUUGCUAGCCUACCUUUCUCCCGAAACGGGGACUCCGUUUAAUACUGAGCAGUUUUUCCCCACUGAAUAGUAUUUGAAGUGUCUUAGGAAAGAAAACAAAUGCUUCUGGUGUUGAUUCAAAGGGAUCUUAUGUCUAAGGAACUCAAGGUACAUGCUAGGUCUUGAGCGGUGACCCAGAUACAAAAUAGACAUGCUAGAGAGCACUGUCUCUGCAUUACAGAUCUCCAGCAAGGUGUGUAGAUAAAACAGCAGUGCCUGCAGACUACUAUUACUGUGUAUCUUUCCAAACAAUAAUGAAUAUCAUAAAGCUUCUAUUUGAUUAUCAGUGGAUACAAUGAUUAUAACUAAGGGAUAAACACAUGAUAAGUAAGUGGAUAUUCUUAUAUGGUAGAGGAGGCUCUGGAACUGGAAAGUCUGUCGUGAUAGCCAUUGCUUUUGUAAAUAAUACAUUUCAGCAUAAAUAUUGGAAAUACUGCUUAUUGGUUCCUUGAUACCUUCCUUUUUGAAAACAAAAGAUCCAGGAUUAUUCAUUAGGAAAGAAUCAAGAAAAAUAUCAUUUCUCUGCUGGAAACCUGAUCUUAUUUUUGAGAGGGUUUCUUUUGAAUGUAAUCUGAUUUGUCAUAAGGUGGUGUAUUCAGGUUUAUCUUUUUUACAUUUGUGUUCAUCUCUUGGUGUAAUUUCUGUUGGUGCUAUUAGUAAAAUAAUGCAAGGAAACAGUCAGGGCUAGCUAACACCUCCCUCCCAACAAACGAUUCCUCCAGGCAGCAACCAUCCAGGCUUUGAAGCUGCAAGAUCAUUCAAUACUAAUCAAGGUGGCCAAUUGCAAUAUUCACUCUUGCCUCAAACAGACAAGAGUUCUUUCUCCCACCCUGGACAUUCCACAGAUAUGUAAACCUCACUUGCCUAUUUUCCAACAGACCUCUGAGGAUGCCUGCCAUAGAUGUGAGCAAAACGUCAGGAGAGAAUGCUUCUGGAACAUGGCCAUACAGGCCAGAACACUCACAGCAGCCUAAUCCAAAUUAAUAUUUAAAAGAUAAAUCAGCCAUGUAUGCAGGCAGGGAUCACAAAGUAAGAUUCCAGGAUUUGGCAUGCAUGAAACCAGAAUCCUAUUAGGACUCAACAUGCCUUGCACCCAAGACUUCACAAUACCCUGCCUUGCCUGGACCAUUAUGACAAUUGUUGGUUCUUCUCGAGAAACACUUAGAUGAUGGUGGCAUAAAGAAGAUUAGGCAGGGUUGCUACCUCUUCAAGAUCUCCGCUCCUCAGAGAAGAUACUAGGAUCAUGGAAUGAACUGCACCAAGGAGUCCACUUCAUGAAAUGUAAUCUUAGGGAACCUGGUUCUCCUAUUGCCUUUGCUGUCCUUAGCUUUUGGACUCUCAAUUGAAACCUCAAUGCCAAAAGCCUCACUGUUCAGACAAUCUUUAUUAGUACCUCUGAUUGUCAGUCAGGAGUGCUAACGUCUUUGCAUCACUAUCAUCUUUUCCAAUAGGCCUUUAAAUCACUGCAGAAGUGAUCAAAACUCAUAUGGGGGGAUGAUGAUAGAAUGAUUCUGCACUGAGGUAAUGGCAAAUUCUGUUCUGAUGUCUUUAUUCCCUGAAGGAAAAAUACAGCUUUGAAACAUUAUUUUGCCUACAAUUUCCUCUACAAAGAAAGCUUUUUGUGAUAUGGGAAGAACUAUGCACUAUUUCCAGCCUAAGUUGCUAAAGUCCACAUAAAUACAAGCAUGCUGCAUACAUAGUAAUUUUACUUGUAUAUCAAGAAUGUAGAUAAGUAAACAAGCAGAAUCCCUCCAGCUGUUUUGGACUAUGGUGUGGUGUUAAUUAUUAGAUUGUGGGCUUGGGGCUUGGAGGAUCUUGCUUUGCAAUUCCAUUGAGCUAUGAAAACUUGCUGGGUUUUGUCUUGGGCCAGAUAUUCUGCCUCGGAUCGAAUCACCAUGAACUGCUGCUUUGAUCAUAAAGUGGGGCGGACAGAAGCCAUGUUCUUUCAGAGUUCAUAGGAAGAAAGAUAUGUUAAAAAGCCAACUAGUAAAUAAAACUUGUAUGCCCCAAUAGCAUGGGUAAAAGUAAAGGUUUCCCCUUGACAUUAAGUCUAGUCAUCCAAUUCUAAGGGGUGGUGCUCUUCUCCAUUUCUAAGCCGAAGAGCGGCAUUGUCUGUAGACACCUCCUAGGUCAUGUGGCCAACAAGACUGUAUGGAGUGCCAUUACCUUCCCACCGAAGCACUGACUAUUGAUCUACUCACAUUUGCAUUUUUUUGAACCACUAGGUUGGCAGAAGCUGGGGCUAACAGUGGGAGCUCACCCCAUCCUGCAGAUCACUGCCAACCCUUUGGUCACUAAGUUCUGCAGCUUAGCAGUUUAACUCACUGUGCCACCGUGGCCCCUGUCAGCAUGGUUAAUGAACCCAAAAUUUUCACCCGAAACAUUAUCAUUUGCUUGCUUCCCUUUCUGUGCGUGGUGUUACACUGAAAUAAAAAAACAAGAGAAAUGUCAAUUUAUGGCAUGCCCAUUCUGUUAACAAGUGCACCUGACAACAUGAAAAAUGAGGCACUUCCUUUUCUGUCACGUUUCUGAAGUGACACGAGACAGGUUUGUUUUAUAACUGGAUCUAGGGACUGUUCCUUUCAUUAUUACUAUUUUGAAAAACAACUACAAUCUGGUAUUUGUUUUGAUUGAUGACUGGCUCUCAAGAUGACAUUUGCUAAGAGUGAAAAAUAAUGGCACCUCUCCCAAAAUGGGGAUUUUGAGACUGUGGGUUGUUAUUAAAAAUUAGUAACCAAACAGAUUCCCCUAAUGGAUAAAUCUGGAUAACGACAAGUUUGCAAGUAUUUCCUCUUUGGCAUGUUUAACGCCCCCAAUUUUAGCAUUUAAGGCUUUUUCGGAUAUGCCAGCUUGUGAUUUGGUUGCCGUAUACUAGCAAACAAAUCUGCUAGAUUAUUUUUUUACAUCUUUUUUCUUGCUUCUACUGGUGCAUUUGUAUCCAAAAUAAAAAUAGACACAAGAAGGAUGAAAUAUCUUUUGGGGACUUUGUGUGCUAAAAAAUUAAAGUAGAGAAAUAUCAACGUUUCUACUUUCAUUUAAAGCAUCUUGAUUGUGACAUGGCCCUGUGUGCACAUACACAAAGCAUUAAACCAGUGAAUACAUAGAUCCGUUCAGGUAAAUCUGUACCAUACAGGGUUAGUCAUCAGGGAAAUGUAACAUGUAAAAGUGGCUCUGUGUGAAUACUUAUCACUCAUGGUCCAUAUAUGACGCAAUUCUUUAUUGUAUAUUGUUCCCCUGAGAAAAAAAUGAUGGACAUCUAUACUAUAAACCUAAAAAGAAAUUAGUGGGAGCUUCAUAUUUAUAAAAAGCCAAGGGAUGUAAUAGAUGUAGUAUUGAGCUAUUUUCAUUGAUUGAUUUUAGUAUCUUGUCUUUCUGCCUAAAGUGGCAUUCAAGAUGGCAAAGACUAACAUUCAAAUAGAAACAAAUAGAGAUAAAAUAGGAAAAGACGCUAAACAUAAUUAAAAGCACAUCAAUAAAGGGGAACAAUGCUGUCAUUAAAUAUUGCAGCUUAAUGCAAGAAUACUUAACUGAAUGUAGUAUUCUUUGCUGGCUAGCAGAGCAAGUUAGUUGACUUGUAUGUUUUAUGUCCAAAUUCAUGAUCCUUUAUGUUUAAUGUCCAACAUUAGCACAGAAUCUCUACACUUCAAUAAAAUGAGGUAACUACAGAUUUGGGGUAUCUUGAAAAAGCAUCAUAAUUAUAGUAAUUUAAUUCAUUAGUAAGAAACUAAUUUUGUACCAUAUAAACCUAAAGGAAGUUUGUUUCCUAUUUCAAUAUAUUGUCACAAAA